AUGAACCCGCACGGUUCUCAACAAGAUAUCAAAGCCCUAAAGGGCUCACCGGAUGCUGUAGGGGUCAAUCCUGAUGUCAACAAGCAUCACCAAACUGCAGAGGAUGUUAUGAUUCCUCAGAAACAGACUCCUUCUCAGCUUCCCUUCCAGGGAUCCGUUGAAGACAAAAUCAACUCAGUCCAGGAAGACACCAUCCGCAGUUCAUGGCUUUCAUUUGCCUCGAGCAAUCGAAGUAGAGAUUCGGCCGUUCCCAGCCUUUUCUCAGCAAGAGCAUCUACUCUUUCUGCGGCAACCCGCUACUCAAUCCACGAUUCAGUUCUUGAGUCACCAAUCCCAGCAAGUCCUCUAAAUGAAUUCGAGGAACCCUGCUUCGACCUCUGCCCUCGCUACUGGUGCACGUUUUGCGAUGCCUCUUUUGACUCGAAGACCGAUUGGAAGCUCCAUGAGCUGGAGCUCCAUGAUCGCAAGGAGCAGUAUCACUGCCGUUAUUGCUCAUCCAUUUUCUCACGAGCAGGCCUGUUGGUCGAGCAUGAAAGCGUCGUCCACUCCAUCGAACAAAGGCCCAAUAUGGCUGAGUCAGUCAGGUACAGUUCCAUUCGCAGUGCUUGGGGGUGCGGCUUCUGUGCAGCAUUUAUCUCCUCCAGAAACGAUUACUUGGAGCAUGUGGGUAGGCAUUACGAUGAGGGUAAAGGGAAGUCUGAAUGGCAACACACUCGAGUCAUAGAGGCCCUUCUUCAUCAACCAAAGGUGCAGGAAGCUUGGACAGAGAAGGUAAUGCAAGAAGAGAAGGCUCGAGGAGCAAAACUCAGGUUCUCCUGGGACCCAAACACGACUGGCCGAUCACUCGAUCACGAACCGCCCAAACUCCAGGACCUUCUCGAGUUCUUUUCCAUGGGGAAACGAUCAGCACUCGAGGUUGCUACUGCUGCAUUUGAUGCCGCCCGCAUCCGAACGGAGACCAACGUCAGCACCCUUGUCAGCAAACUGUUCUUGAGAACUCUGGACCCGAAGCCUGCUCAGAGUCCUGAUCAAUCACCAAAGCUGGGACCAUCAGCUAUCGAACAGUCAUUAUCGCGUGAGGAUUCGUCUCCAAUGUCACCAUUGCCUCCGCUGAUGAGUUUCCCUUCUGGCCUGCGAUCGAAGUCCGCAGAAGAGCUCUCCCCAUUCAAGCCUACCUUUUUGGACCUCACAGCACUUUCCACAUCGAAACGUGCAGCGCCAGACAAGCAAGAUGUCAUGGAGGGAAAGAAGUAUAUCCCUUCAUCUACCCGGAUGGAGAGUGGAGGAUCAUAUGAUCCCUUGCACCACUUGAGCUCUCAUUUCUGUCAACUGCGCACCCUCCACCGCGUAGAGAGUGACCGGAACCUUGCCCUGUCGGAUCACAGCCCGGCAUCGGGAAGAUCGUUCUCUGCGCGACAAGCGGCUCGUGAUCUGGAGCCAUCAUGGCCGAAAUCAGCAAUCCGCGCUCCUCUUAUCUCCAUUCGAACUUCAAAUGAGCAUUCUGGUAUCAGAAUCACACGAGACAUCAAAGGACUUAAGGAGACCCAACUGCACAAUAAUACUCUCUUAAAACCUGGGACGCCACCAGUCAGACCCCACGCUAGCUCAGACGCUCUGUCAACCUUCACAUCCAGCAGCUCCUCUACACAUUAUUCUAGCCCGGAUAUGACAGCAGACGAUAGCCUUUCUGAGCAAGGUUCUUGGCUGGAGUCAGAUAGCGGCUCGGUAAUCGCAGAAGAAUGUGUAACACCCUUCUACCUCGCUGUCAAUCGAGGAAUGAGAUCGCUGUGGGCUAGUUACAAUUCGUAUUGGGCUGCCAUAAUCCACCAAUGUGCUGGAGAAAGGGGACACGGUUCUCCGCCAUCGCGGGUUGUUGGUGGGCGAGUUCAAAAGUCGUCUUCCUCCUGGAGAGGAGCUGGAAAAGGCGGGCUCCGUCCAGCAGGCCGCUUGCCACGUGACGAUGAUGAUGAGGAGGAGGAGGAUGAUGAGGGUUACCGCCCUCCAUUAUCACUCGCAAGGCCCAACCCAAGUGGUACAAAGAGGUUUGCAUGCCCAUUUCGGAAGCAUGAUCCACAAACCUACAAUAUUCGUGAUCAUGAGGUGUGCGCCAUCAGGUCAUGGACCACAAUAUCCAGGUUAAAAGAGCACUUGUACCGGAGACACUAUACGAUUCACUGCCAGAGAUGCAAGCAAACGUUCGACGAUUCCAAAGAGUUGGCUGACCACGAAAGGGCAGUCAUCAAAUGCGAAGUCAACGACCUGGCCCAUCCGGGAGACAUCACAACAGACCAAGAGAAGAAGCUCAAGUCCAGGAAGCACACCUCCAGAAAGCAGUCAGAUGAGGAUAAGUGGAGAGAUAUCUACCAGCUCCUUUUUCCCAACGAGGAAGUGCCGUCACCCUACCCAGAGGUAGCCGAAGAUGUCGCUCCGAUUCUGACUGAGGAGGAUCGUUGCCGUCUUACCUUUCAGCACUUCCUCCUGACAGAAAUGCCGCGUAUUUUCACCCGAGCGGCGGAAGAGUUGGCUGGCCGACAUAUGCAGCCACAAGAUGCUAUCCCCAUGGAGUCGAUAUCCAAGCUUCUCCAGGACUCGCUGAGGAGAGCCUUCAAAGCCUGGGAGGACAGAGGAAACAAUGUCCCUACGGCCGAUGCGACUGCUGUGUCACAAUGCUUCCUGCCAGACACGCCAGUUACAACGGCGUCGUAUACCUUGGCACCACCAUUAGAUACACACCAGGCCAUCCCGUACCCCGCAGUCUCGAAUGGCAGCUUCCUACAGCUCAACAAUAGGGCAGAGCUUGGCCUGAUAGAAACUAUAUCAGGAUCAAGUCCAGAUGGUCCUGCGUUUACUGCGACAACUGGCUGCUUCAUCACGCCCCCUUCCGAUGACCUGAACGCAUUUGCCCCGGACUACAAUACCUUGGGCAGACUGCCGUGGGAAGCCAACUUUGGCCUGACUGGCACCAGUGUUGCUGGCUUCCAUGCUGGACUCACUGGGGUGAGCUCGAGCGUGGAAUCGCAGUACUGGAGCUUCCGUGGGACUUCAGGCCUGUGA